ACGUCCUUUGGCAUUCUGGUUGCUGGAUAGGUAGACAGACAGACUGAGAUAUCUGUAGCCAGUUCUUUUGUUGCUGCUCUCUGUAUUUUCUACUUCUUCUUUCACUCUUUCACUCUCUUUCGCUUUCGCUUUCGCUUUUUGCUGUCUGUCCCGCAUCACCCCCCCAAAAGACAAACAACAACAAAACACCAUGGCUGCAAGACCACAGCUCUUCACCCGCGGCCUGUCCGGCCUCGCGCAGAGCUCCAGCUCCAACGAGAUCAGCUCCCCGGCCGAGCAGCGCGACGAUGCCAAGAGCAACUUCUUCAAGUCGAUGCGACCCCUGCCCACGCAGCACUACUGGGACGUCUAUUUCGACAGACAAGCCAAAGACCCCAAAGCCGGCGCCGGCGAGGGCGAAUACACGGCCGAGCUCGAAAAGAUUGGCACGCAGAUCGAGUCGGUCCAGGACUUUUGGCGCUACAACAACAACACCCCCGUCGAGAACAUCAAGAUGCGCGAGUCAAUAUACCUCUUCAAGUCGGGCUUCCGGCCCAUCUGGGAGGACCGCCGCAACAUCAACGGCGGCAGCUGGACGUUUCGCGUGCCAAAGGCCAUUGGGCCCGAUUUCUGGACGCGCAUCCAGCUGCUGGCCAUUGGCGAGAAGCUCCAGAGCGUCAUUGACGAGGCCGACCAAAUCUGCGGCGUCGGCCUCUCCGUCCGCUUCAACUCCCACCUCGUCACCGUCUGGCACCGCGACUCGUCCAAGCAAAACUCCGUCGACGCCCUCAUCGCCUGCAUCCUCGAGGACCUGCCCGCCGAGCUGCAGCCCAAGCCCGACAACUACUUUUACAAGAAGCACUCGGACCACGCGGGCUUCAAGGCCCCGCCCGAGCUGCAGGCCGUGCUGGACACCCAGAAGCGCAAUGCUGCUGUUGCUGCUGCUGCGAAUGCCGCUGCUGCUGCAGAGUCUUCUUCGCCUGCCGCUUCGGCUUCUGCUCCUGCGGUGACGAUUGCGUCUCCUCAGUAGAGGAAAUCCCCCCCCUUUUUUUUUUUAUUCUCUGAAAGCUGACGCCUCUUCUUUUGCUGCAAUGAGCAAGCGGCGUGUGUGUCUGUCCAUUACUCAAUUUUUUUUUUAAUGCGAUGUAGUCUUCAACGUCACAGAGAGUCUCGUCUUGACUUUUUUACAAUUACAUACUCGAAUCAUCUUGGGCAUGAUAAUGGCGUUUUUGUUUCAUGGGGCUUUCUUUACUAUAUCUGUUUCAAACAUUCCUACCUACCUAGUUACUCUUGGGCAUAUAUACAUCACUCUGUCUCUAUAUAGAAAGCGUUUUGUCACAUCUGUCGUUAGAUUCCGCUCUGAUUUGAAUUGUAGAUAGAGCACAGCUGUGUUAUGAAAUACAAUAUACGUGUCCGCCUGUCAAGACUUGUAUCAGUGUCGUAUCAACCAUAUUCCACGGGUGAACUAUAGUACUGUAUUUUAUAUACUUUGGCCUUUCCUUAUUGUAUAAAACAUGGCAUCUAAGGAAUAUUUUUGGUCCUUUGCAGAGCCCAAAUUGCUUGUUUAAGAAGUAUUGAGCAAACACAUGUACUCAGCUUAAACAAUCGCGUAUAGGUGGAAAAAAAAGAAAAAAGGUCUAGCCACUCCCAGCGCCUCGCAAAAGCCAAGUAGAAUAGGAAAAGAAAUCCAAAAGCUUGCUAUCCGCCAAAUCGUCAAUGCCAAAAAAAAAAAAAAGGUACCCCGUCGUCCUCUUUGUUAUAAGAUAAAGAAGUCGUAAAAGCGCCGUCACCGCCACACUCCAGCGUUCCUCAUCACGCCAUCAAACUCAUCCAGCUCCACGCCCCUCGCAACGCCCACGCCGCCAUUCGCCUCGAGGAUCAUGU